AUGGAAGAGUAUCUAUCUAUCUAUCUAUCUCCGGCUAUUCUCUCCCCCCAUUAUCUAUCUAUCUAUCUCCGGCUGUUCUUAUUUCUUUUUUUCUUUCCCCCCAUUAUCUAUCUAUCUAUCUAUCUAUCUAUCUAUCUAUCGAUCUCAAUAAGUCUUUUAAUAUCUAUCUAUCUAUCUAUCUAUCUAUCUAUCUAUCUAUCUAUCUAUCACCCUAAGCCUAUUCAUAUCUAUCUAUCUAUCUAUCUAUCUAUCUAUCAAUCUAUCUAUCUAUCUGUCUGUCUCAGUCCGUUCCCAUUUAUCUAUCUCAGUUUGUUCUUAUCUAUCUUAGUCUUUUACUAUCUAUCUAUCUAUCUAUCUAUCUAUCUAUCUCUGGCUGUUCCUAUUUCUCUUUCUCUCUCCCCCAUUAUCUAUCUAUCUAUCUAUCUAUCUAUCUAUCUUAGUUGUUUACCAUCUAUCUAUAUAUUUAUCUUUCUCAGUUUGUUCUUAUUUCUCUUUUUCGUCUCCAUAUCUCUAUAUCAAUUUGUUCUUAUCUAUCUAUCUAUCUAUCUAUCUAUCUAUCGUUCUUCUUAUCUAUUUAUCUAUCUCCAUCUUUUCUUAUUUAUUUAUCCAUCUUAG